AUGCUGGUGGAAUUGUUAAAAUUGUUUUUUAUAAUCAUGGUGCCAGUUGGAACCUUAACACUAUUCCUACUGAAAGCGGAUCCCGCAGAACGUGAAAACGACGGGGGCGUCGACACGGGAUUUACCGCCCUUAGCUCACGAUGGUCGAGACUACAGUUGUACAAGAACGAGGAUGACGCAGUGAAUAAUGUACAAACAGUGACAGUGUCCAAAGACACGAUUUAUGCAAUGAUGCAGAGGGGCGUACACACGCUAAACGUGAGGAAAGUCAAGACAAACGACGAAGGACACGCGAUCGACGACGGCGUUGACGACCAAUGGGCCCGUGAGUGUAUGCAACGCAUAUGCGCCGAACUGGACUUGCAUCAUCCAAACGUAACAUCAUUAAUCCAGCUCGUCAAUGAUUAUUGUGAUACUCUGGAAAAUAUGAUGGACCAAUUCGAAGGAGCACUAUGCCGUUACAAUAGCACUCUGGCUGUACUCACCGAAAAUCGUAUGGAUAUUGAGAAAGAGAUAAAAAAGUCUUACCAAUGCAAGCAGCCAGUCGCCGACGAGAAGGUUAUGAUUGUGGCAAACAAUGAAAGCAGCGAUCGCCACUGGAAACCACUUCCGGUGCCCAUUAGACACACAAUUGUCGUGGCCAGUCGGGCCGACGACGACUUUUUGACAAUAUUCGAACAGUUCAAAAGGGCGCAAGAGGAAUAUCAUAAAUAA